CCGGGCGCGCGGCCGGCGGCGGUUGGCGGCGUGUGGGGCCGGCUGGCGGUUGCCGGGAGCCGGAGCAGGGCUCAGGCAGCUAGAGCCGGCGCCAUGGUGGAGAAGGAGGAGGCGGGCGGCGGUAUCAGCGAGGAGGAGGCGGCGCAGUAUGACCGGCAGAUCCGUCUUUGGGGAUUGGAGGCCCAGAAACGGCUGCGGGCCUCUCGGGUGCUUCUUGUCGGCAUGAAGGGACUCGGGGCUGAAAUCGCCAAGAAUCUCAUCCUGGCUGGAGUGAAAGGACUGACCAUGCUGGAUCACGAGCAGGUAUCUCCAGAAGACCCCGGAGCCCAGUUCUUGAUCCGUACUGGGUCUGUUGGCCGAAACAGGGCUGAAGCCUCUUUGGAGCGAGCACAGAAUCUCAACCCCAUGGUGGAUGUGAAGGUGGACACUGAGAAUAUAGAAAAGAAACCCGAGUCGUUUUUCGCCCAAUUUGAUGCUGUAUGUCUGACUUGCUGCUCCAGGGACGUCAUAGUGAAAGUUGACCAGAUCUGUCACAAAAAUAGCAUCAAGUUCUUUACGGGCGAUGUUUUUGGCUACCAUGGAUACACGUUUGCCAAUCUUGGAGAGCAUGAAUUUGUAGAGGAGAAAACCAAAGUUGCCAAAGUCAGUCAAGGAGUAGAAGAUGGACCUGAUACCAAGAGAGCCAAACUUGAUUCAUCUGAGACAACCAUGGUUAAGAAGAAGGUGGUCUUCUGCUCCAUCAAAGAGGCGCUGGAAGUGGACUGGAGCAGCGAUAAAGCAAAGGCAGCCCUGAAGCGCACAACUCCGGAUUACUUCCUCCUUCAAGGCCCUGUCUCAGAGGGACCCCCCUCACAACAACUUCUUCUUCUUCGAUGGCAUGAAGGGGAAUGGGAUUGUGGAGUGCCUGGGCCCCAAGUGAACCCGAGACUCCGCGGCCCCAGAGAUGCUGACCGCACGGUGCCCUUGUGCGAUGGAUCCCCUCCCCUCCCCCAUGAAGGCCUCUCCACGCGAGGGAAAAACCAAGUCACUGAACCAGUACCAACCAUUUCCUGCGAGCCGCGAGGCUGUGAAGCACCAGUGGCUGCUAAGCAAGGGCCUGGGUCCUGAUGGUCUCCUCCCAGCUCUCCUGCAUGGUCAGUUCCUGAAAGUCCCCAGCCAGGAACCAGCACACUUUGUUGCCUAGGAGCCUCUUGCCACCUUCUUGUCCUCAGUCCCCACCUGAUGUCACACAGCGAGGAGCGUGACUUCAGGUGGGGAAUAACUCCCGGGGCCAUGAAACCACACAGCGGAACCACAGUUUCAAGUGCAGACAGGUGCCCUUAGAGAGCCAAAAACAUGGCGGGCGGAGUGUGUGUCCACCAAAGUCUGAAGCUCUGAGAAGCAACAGGCGGCAUCGGUGUGCUGCUCUUGAGUUUAGUCUAGGAUUAGUUGAGUUUCCAGCCUGGAUUUUGAAAGAGAGGAAGUAUUACCAAAUCUUCUUGGGUAUUAGGGUGAGGCCUUGCCAGUGGAAUAUUAAUGGGAAUGCUUGUUUUAAAAGGCAGAUUCCCGGGUCCCACCCCUGGGGAGCCUGACUCUUUGGCUUUGAGGUGGGACAGGGAGCCAGCCUGUCUUCCAGCAGAGCCCCUCACAGAUGCAGGCGAUCGCGCUGCAGGCUGUCGCAUUGAAGGGCUAUGUCGGUCCUUCUUGUUACCCCCCUGAAUCGCAGCUGUUUGUGUGUUUUUUUAUAUAUUCUAUGUUUCUUUGGUUCUUCAAAAAGGAAUGAUAGAAAUAAAGUUAUUUGCUUUAA